AUGGGAGGAGGUGGAAGGUGGCUGCUAUGGGGAUAUAUUGAAGCAAAAAUCCCAAUAAAUACAAAAUACAGUCCCUUCUUCUGUUCCGAGGUUGAAACAGAAGAUCAGCUACAGCUGGCAGAGGCUGUGUAUGGUCAUUGCAGUUUAACUCUUAGAGCGCUGCUGUAUUCCCAGCUACAAGCACAGCUCCUCUUGAAAAGCCUGCAGAUUGUCCCGGGGCCUGUUAAUGACUUUAAUGAGCUGCUCAGGAAGACGACAGGGAUUCGUGCAAGAGGUGGCUGUGGUGGCAUCCUGAAUAGCUCCUGUGACAAGGAUGUCACCCUGAAUAUUCUCAGUGUCCUCACUGACUUGCUGUCUCUGGGGACCGGCCGGCGAAUUCACUAUGUGAUCAGCAAAGGGGGCAGUGAGACGCUGCUGCAGGCUCUUGCCGCCGCUGCCAGGACCGAUCCGCCCGACCACAGCAUCCUCCUGCCCCUGCUUCGCCUGCUGGCCAGGGUUGGCCAACGAGAUAGGAAUUUUGGGCUGAAAGUGCAGAAGGCAGAAGCAACUGAUAUAAUACUGAGCUUGGCAAGAAGAAACCUGGGCCACCACCUGCACCUCACCCACUGCCUCUGGGUCCUGCGGGUUUGUGCUUCUAAUGUUACCACAGGAACUACACUUGGCAUCAAUGGAGCCAUGGAGCUGCUUUUCAAAGUCAUCACCCCGUACAGCAAGAGGCACGUCAGGACAGUCAGGGCAGCCAUUGAGGCUCUGGCAGCUUUGCUGAAAUCAAAGUCUAACAGCCGACGGGCAGCGAACAGAGGCUACCUGGGUGGAUUGCUGAGACUCUAUCAAGACUGGCAUCACAAUGAUGUCUCCAACAACUACGUUUAUAUUCGUAGGGGUCUCCUGCUCUGCCUAAAGCACAUCACCAACAUCCAGUUGGGCAGGGAGACAUUCCUUGGUUCCCGGGGUAUGGAGAUUCUCUUCACAAGUGUACAGGACUGUUUAUCUUGCAAAAAUCUAGAUCCUAUCAUAACCACUGUGACUCAGAUUCUGAGAAAGUGCUACCCUAAGGAGUCUCUGCCUGUGGUGACAGUAAGAAGUUCUUAUUUCUUCCCUCUUCCUGGGAAUGCCAAGGCUGAACCUCCGUGUGAGGGAUCUGAAGGUGACUAUGAAAGUGAUGGAGAAGAAGAGGCUGAAAAAGACCUGGAUAACGAGGAUGUGGAGAGUAAGGAGGAAGAUUAUGACUUGGAGACAGAUGUGAACAAACUGAGGUCAAGGCCAACGCUUGACCGGCCAGAGGAAGAGCUUGGACAAUAUGAAGCAAUGUGUCCAGAACUUUCCCAUAAUUUUCAGGAGCUCGAAUCAGAAUUUGAGGAAGACAAGAGCUUGGAGGACAGGACUGAGAAUCUUUGCUCUACUCCCUCUCAUUUCAUUCCAAGUGCUACUUCUGUGAAACAUCCAAACUACAGAUGGAGAAACCAAAGUGUCACAGAGAUGGGACCAGAUCCAGAGGAAAAGGAUUUCAAAGUCCCACUGCAGAGCUGGACGAAGAAGGAGAAAUGCAGAUGGGAUCUGACUGAUGAAAAGAGAGACAUUGUAGAAGCAGUCCAAGAUGCAGACUCUUGUGAAGAGGAAGACCCAGCCAGGAGUCACAUGCUUACUUUGCGCCCUCUCCCAAAAGAGGCUGCUUGGUACAAAAAAAUGUUUUACCCUGAAUGUGAGGCCUCGAACAAUCCCGGUCCUGGAGGGAGGCUGGAGAGCUCAGACACAGUGAGAAAUCUUCUGGAGAAACACCAAGGGGAUAUCCCAUUCCAGAGCCCUCGCUUCUACGUAGCUAGGGCCAAAUGUGUUGAGUCCAUACCAGACUACAAAGACUUGGCAUUCCCUGAUUUCUGGGGUCACCAGCCACCUCCUUACAGCAAGCCCAUGUUGGAGCGCAAGUAUGGGGUUCAAAGGGACAAAGUACUAGAUGAUGUUCGCCGCUUAAUCCAGCCAAGUGAUGUGAUAGGCAGAACUGUUUUUGAUUUAGAUGAGCCCAGUCACUCAAGCCCAGGUGCUCCAGGCUGUCUGAGAUUCUUCUCCAAGUUUGAAUCAGGAAACCUUCGCAAAGCCAUCCAAGUGCGUGAGUUUGAGUAUGACUUAAUUACGAAUGCAGAUAUCAACAGCAACCAGCAUCACCAGUGGUUCUACUUUGAAGUCCGUGACAUGAAAUCAGCAGUUCCCUAUCGCUUCAACAUUAUCAACUGUGAGAAGUUCAAUAGCCAAUUUAAUUACGGCAUGCAGCCAGUCAUGUAUUCAGUGAAGGAAGCUCUCCAGGGCAGGCCUCGCUGGCUUCGGACAGGCCAUGAUAUCUGCUACUACAAAAACCACUACCGCUGCAGUGCAGCUGCAGGAGGAGGCAUGAGAGGAAAAUGCUACUACACGCUCACCUUCAGCAUCAAGUUCCCUCACGAAGAUGAUGUCUGCUAUCUGGCCUACCAUUACCCCUACACUUACUCCACAAUGAUGUCCCAUCUUGAUAUGCUGGAACAAAAUAGGAACCCCAGGAAGGUUUACUGGAGGCAGCAGACGCUCUGCCAGACACUAGGAGGAAAUCCAUGCCCGUUGCUCACAAUCACUGCCAUGCCAGACUCUAAAAAAAGAGAAGACUUGGAGCAAUUCUACAAUCGUCCUUAUGUGUUUCUAAUGGCCCGUGUUCACCCUGGUGAAAGCAAUGCCAGCUGGGUAAUGAAGGGGACCCUGGAGUUCCUUGUGAGCAGUGAUCCUAUUGCUGAUCUCCUGCGGAAUUGUUUUGUUUUCAAGAUUGUCCCCAUGCUUAAUCCUGAUGGAGUCAUCAAUGGCAACCACCGUUGUUCGUUGAGUGGGGAUGAUCUGAACAGACAGUGGUUGACACCCAGUUCCCAGCUCCAUCCAACUAUUUACCACGCCAAAGGUCUUCUCUAUUACCUGCACAGCAUUGGCCGGGCUCCUCUGGUAUUCUGUGACUACCAUGGACACUCCCAGAAAAAGAAUGUGUUUCUUUAUGGCUGCAGCAUCAAGGAGAUGCAAGCAGGCUGCGUGGUUGACACAGCAGUUAUCACAGAAGAUGUUGGCUACAGGACUCUCCCUAAAAUCCUGGAUAAAGUGGCCCCUGCAUUUGUCAUGAACAGCUGCAGCUUCCUGGUGGAGAAGUCCCGGGAGUCGACGGCCCGGGUGGUGGUAUGGAAGGAAAUGGGUGUGUUGAGGAGCUACACUAUGGAGAGCACGUACUGCGGCUGCAGCCACGGACUCUACAAAGGCCUGCAGCUGGGAACCCAAGAGCUGGAGGAGAUGGGAAGCAAGUUUUGCCUUGGUUUGCUCAUUCUGCACCUCAAAUCCCUGCCCUGCAGCAGGAAGGUGAUGGCUCAGGCAGCACUCCUGUUAGAUCUGGAGGAGGAGGUAACAGACCGGGUACAAAGAAGCUGCAGCAACAGCAGCCUGGAGACUGAUGAUGAACCUCCUUGUGUGGAAGAAAUUGAUUAUAAUACUGACAGUUGCUCUGAUGGUGAAGGGGACUUCUCGGAGCUAGACCAAGAGAUCCAGGAGUGCCUCUCGUGGGUGGAAGGAGAGGCAGAAGAUGAGGGAGUGACUACAGGACAGACAUGCAGCUCCAAGGCUCUCAGGGAGCUCUACAUUUCCAGCCAACCAGCAUCCAACAGUACAGCUCUCCCUCUGCGUUCAACAGCACUUGGGGUGUACAGUGGGUUUGAGAGCAGCCCUGCGUGA